AGCAGAGACACAGAGAAACGAAACCUUGUCUUCGCGCGUCUUUACACGUGUUCAGCAGUUGCUUGCACGUGGUGACUCAUAAACAUCCCCAGCAGAAUAAAAACGUUAAAACCCCAUUCCAUUUCACAAAAUAAAUAAAUAAAAAUAAUGAAAAACUAGUAUCUUUCGAGACACUUUUUUCCCUUACUCAAUCCUCAAUCCUUAUAGCCCCCUCAUCUUCAAUCCAACAAGAUUCUCAGAAUCUAGGGUUUGCUUCUUCUUCCUCUUCUCUUCUUCUUCGUCUUCUUGUUUUCUCUGAAAUGGAAGGAGCGAGCAAUGGAGGGAUGUUGUACCACGAGGUACAAGAGUCGAAGCUGUGCGCGGUGCAUUGCGUGAACACGGUGUUGCAGGGGCCUUUCUUCUCCGAAUUCGAUUUGGCGGCACUCGCCUCCGAUCUCGAUCGCAAGGAGCGGCAGAUGAUGCUCGUCGAGGGCGGGUCCCACGCCGGCGAUUUCCUCUCCGAGGAGUCUCACAACGUCUCCUUGGACGGCGAUUUCAGCAUUCAGGUUCUACAAAAGGCUUUAGAGGUUUGGGAUCUGCAGGUCAUCCCCCUUGAUUCUCCAGUUGCAGAGCCUGCCCAGAUUGAUCCUGAGCUUGAAAAUGCAUUCAUCUGUCAUUUGCAGGAUCAUUGGUUCUGUAUCAGAAAAGUGAGCGGAGAGUGGUAUAAUUUUGACAGUCUGUAUGCAGCCCCACUGCACCUCUCAAAGUUUUACCUUUCAGCCUAUUUGGACACACUAAAAGGCUCUGGUUGGAGCAUUUUCCUGGUGAGUCCCAUGUCAUCCUCUGAAGCUUCUAAUGGCUAUGGGCAGUGGCUUUCACCUGAAGAUGCUGAGAGGAUAACUAAAUCCUGCAACUCCACAAAUGCUCAACCUCAGGGAACAAAUUGGAAUCAACAAUCUUCGGCUCCAUUUCUAUCAACAGAAGAAGCAGAAUUGCUUUCAGAAAUGGAAGACGAGGACUUGAAGGCUGCUAUUGCUGCCAGUCUUAUGGAUUCUUCCCCAGCCCCAGUCCCAUCCCCAUCCCCA